AUGGCGUCUAGGCGACGAUGGACGUCACUGUUCAGCACUUCGAUUGGAGUCGAUUUGCGACAGGCCUUGCGAGACGAUGAAGGCUUUGACCCCUGUGAAGAUGGAUUGAGAUCCGCGUUCCUCCUCUACGGUCCUUUAAGCCAAGGAUCGUGGUCCAAAAAGUUGACAGAAUCCCGAUCAGCAUAUGCCUCCCUCCGUGACCACUUCCUACGCUUCAUUGAGCACCCAAAUGAUCUCCAUUCCUCGGCAGAUCCCUUGGCAGAUGAUGAAAAUUCUCCCUGGUCCACUCUUCGACGGGAUGAACUGAGCAGGGAAGAGAUUUUCCAGGAUGUGAUGCGGUGCAUGCAAGACAACUACUUCUUCCGAGAGCCGUCUACACAAAAGAAACUAUUGGACAUCCUUUUCAUCUAUGCGAAGUUGAACCCGGAUAUUGGAUAUCGGCAGGGGAUGCAUGAACUGUUAGCUCCAAUACUUUGGAUUAUUCAACAAGACGCCGUGGACCCCACCGCAGUCCCCGACGUUGACAAACAAGCCGAGGGCACCGCUUUCAUGAUAGACGUCUUGGACAGCAAGUUCGUGGAGCAUGACGCAUUCAAUCUUUUCUGCGCCCUGAUGCAGACUGCGAAAGGAUUUUAUGAAAUCGGGGAAAGUAAGGAUUCUUCGCCCAUCGUUGCACGGAGCAAGAGACUGCACGACGACAUCCUGGCUGCUAUUGACCCGGAGUUGGCCUUGCACUUGAACGUCGUUGGAAUCCUCCCUCAGAUAUAUUCCAUCCGUUGGAUUCGACUUCUUUUUGGGCGUGAAUUCGAAUUUAAAGACGUGUUGCGAAUAUGGGAUCUUCUCUUUGCCGAGAACCUAAAGUCAGACAUCGUUGAUCUGACUUGUAUAGCCAUGCUUUUGAGGAUCCGUUGGUCGCUGGUGGAAGCAGACUAUACGACAGCCAUUACUGCCUUGACCCAUUACCGCCUGCCUAGUUCUACGAACGAACCUCGAUCUCUGGUCAAGGACGCCAUCUUCCUUGACAAAAUCCGAAAUAGUGAUGCCGGUGCAGCAUUAAUCCAACAAUAUACUGGACGGCGCCCGAAGCAGAGCGAUGUACUGAGCAGUCGCAGUCCAUCGGCCGUCCGAGCAACCAGAACGCCUCAGCAUCGAAACUCUCCGGAUGCGUCUCCUGGACGGUUUGGCUCUCCUCAGAGACAGCUUGAAGGGCUGUUCCAAGACGUCACAGGAGGUCUGCAAAGACGCACCGAGGGCUGGAACGUAUCAAAAGCAGUGCGAAGUGCAAUGGGUGAAGUUCGACGUAACAUGAACCACUAUCAGACAUCGCAUUCCCGACAUUCGAGCAUCGACACCAGUCCAAUCAACGUGAAUGAUCACAACCAAAGGGAAGAUCCUCAGCGCAAACUUCAAGAGUUGCAGGAGCGUAACAUGGCACUGGCCAAGAUGCUUGACGAUGCCCUUCAAUCCCUGAGAUCCGUAAAGCUAGCCAAUCUAGACACUGCAGGGGAGGCGGAGCACAGUUUCAACAUUUCUCUGGCCCAGAUCCAAUUCGUCUCGGUCUACCUGUCCAAUCCAGAGAUCCCCAUUCCCAAGGAGGAGGUCAUACAAAAUCACAAGACGACUGAACCACCACCAAAGUCACCAGUGGAGAGAUCCAACCCGUUUUCGUUCUACGAAUUACAUGUGCAAUCCAGAGACAACCCAAGAGAUGCGGAACACAAAGAGGGAGUUGGAGCAGACACCACCCCUGUGGUAGAGCGGAAGGAGGCUCUGGAUGGCAUAAAACAUGCAAACCGACCGUCAUUGAUGGAUUCGUCGUUUUCCUUUAUGCUCGGGGAGAACAGGCCCCGGUCGAGCUUCGCCAGUCUGGUGGCGGCAUUACCAGAGCAAAGUAGGGACAGUGAGUCAAAAAGCAGGCCCAAGCAAUCGUCCGCAGAAGCAAGGACACGGCCAGAACGCAGAGACUCUGGGAGUGAGGACGAUGGAUUCACCAUGACUAAGAUUCAUGGCGGUUCGCGAGGCUGA